AGAUCGCGAAGUUUCCAAAAGCGCGGGCAACAUCCGGGCACCUGGGGCCCUCGAGCUGAGGCGCGCAGAGUGACUGACUUUUUUAGGGAUUGCAGUCAUGCUGAAGUGCGGGAUGAGCGGCAGUCAGGUGAAAGUAUUUGGGAAAGCGAUCCAAGCACUCUCACGAAUUAGUGAUGAGCUGUGGCUAGACCCUUCUGAAAAAGGUCUUGCUUUAAGAUCUGUGAAUUCUUGCCGGUCAGCAUAUGGAUGUGUCCUCUUCUCGCCUGUGUUUUUUCAACAUUAUCAAUGGUCAACCUCAGUGAAAAUGAAUGAUAGUGACAGAGUAUCUAAUUUAAAUUGCAAAUUGGGAAUGAAGUCAAUUCUGCCUAUCUUUAGAUGUCUGAAUUCCCUCGAAAGAAAUGUAGAGAAGUGCAAAAUAUUUACCAGAUCUGAUAAGUGCAAAGUAGUUAUUCAAUUCUUCUGCAGACAUGGUAUUAAAAGGAUUCAUAAUUUGUGUUUUCAAGAAAGUCAGCCUUUGCAAGUUAUUUUUGAAAAGAAUAUGUGUUCUAAUACACUAGUGAUUCAACCAAGAGUGCUUGCUGAGGCAACUGUUCUUUUUACCUCGAGUCAAGAGGAAGUUACUCUUGCUGUUACUCCACUGAACGUUUGCAUUAAGAGUUUUAAUGAGGAAUCAAUGGAUUUGACCAAUUCUGUAUACAGUGAGAUGUUUGUUGGGUCAGAUGAGUUUGACUUCUAUCAAAUUGGAGUCAACACUGAAAUAACAUUUUGCUUCAAAGAACUGAAGGGAAUGCUGACAUUUUCAGAAGCUACACAUGCUCCUAUAGCCAUUCAUUUUGAUUUUCCUGGGAAACCCAUGGCUUUAAGUAUUGAUGAUAUGCUAUUGGAAGCCAACUUUAUUUUGGCUACAUUAGCUGAUGAGCCAAGUAGAGCAUCUUCUCCACAAUCACUGUGUCUUUCACAAAAACGAAAAAGGUCAGAGCUGAUACAUUCAAAUUCAGAGGCUGGUAAAAAUGUAACCAGCAAGGACGCAGAGUAUAUCUCGAGAAAAGCAGUACCCAAAAGGCUUUAUUCUGAGACUCGCACGAACGUCUCUUCAUUGGAAAACUGUGGCAGCCCUUUAACGGAAAGAGCGAACGGAGACAUUAGUGAAGUACCAGAAAGCAGUGUCAGUGACACGGAGGAAGUGCCAGGAUCUUCACAUCUCAGGAAGUUUUCUUGCAUGUUCUUUGGAGCAGUUUCUUCUGACCAACAAGAACACUUCAACCACCCUUUCCACAGUCUGGCAACAGCAAGUGACAGUGAAGAGGAUGUGAAUAAUGGCAGUUUUUCCACAUUCUAACACUUAAUGACGGCUGAGCUGGCCCCCCACCCAUUUACUGGCUCACUUGCACCUCAAGCAC